AUGUCCAUUCCAUUCGCCCCUCGUUUCCUCGUCGUCAGCCUGGGCAAUCAGAAACCCUACUACGACACCCUCCACUCCGCCGGCCACUUUGCCCUCGUCGCCGCCCAGAAGACGCUCGCGCCAUCGCAACCUCACUUCAUGUCUGAGCGAUAUGGCAGCAAGGCAUGCCAGGCCUCGACGGCCGUGCCGUAUACAAUGGUGCAAAGCCCGACCAUGAUGAACAUCUGCGGGCCCUGGGUAGCGAAGGCAUGGAAGGAGAUGCUAAACGCCCACCAACUCAAGCCUUCGGAACUGGCCCUUGUCAUAGUGCACGACGAUCUCGAAAUGAAACUCGGCGACGUCAGGAUACGGGACUGGAAAGCGAGCCACCGCGGCCACAAUGGCGUCAAGAGCACCAAUACGAGUUUGAAGCCGACAGAUUUCCCGGAGGCGCGCUGGUCUCGCAUAUCGAUUGGGAUCGGCCGGCCAGACGAACGAGAUCGUACAUCGGUGUCCGACUAUGUCUUGAAGAGGAUGACUUCAUUCCAGAGGAGUACCCUCGACACCAAAGUUGGGCCUAAGCUGGUUGGCCGCCUGCGGGAGCUGCACGACGACUGGGAGGAGGAAAACGAUAGAGAAACCUCGAACAUGUAG